AGUAAUUUUCUUUUAAAUGCUGAUGGGAUGUGAUAAGAUUCCUUGUUGUUGGGAAGUUAUAUUUUGGUUGAUCUCUCUAAAGAGUAUAUAACUGCUUUUAUGUUUCAGGAUGCCACUGGAAUCAUCAUCUUCGAUGCAGCUAUCCUUCUCUUCUCUCUUACCCUCAGUGCCAGGCAAUUCUAUUAACUCUUCCCUUCCCCCAAUGUCUUACAUCACUUCCCAGGAAAUGAAGUGUAUUCUUCACUGGUUUGCCAGUUGGUCAGGUCCCCAGCGUGAACGUUUCCUACAAGACCUGGUAACUAAAGCAGUGCCAGGAAAAUUACAGCCAUUGCUAGAAGGUCUGGAGCAGCUUAGUGUGUCUGGAGCCAACCGACCACCUUGUAUCUUUGAGUGCCAACUACGUCUUUGGGAUCAGUGGUUUCGAGGUUGGGCUGAGGAGGAGCGCAAUGAAUUUGUCAGGCAGCUGGAGGUCAGUGAGCCAGACUUCGUGGCAAAGUUUUACCAAGCAGUGGCUGCUACAGCUGGUAAAGACUGAUAGGCAUUAAAGACAGAGAAGACAACCAUAGUUGAUGGAGCCGAAGCCACAACUCUACAGUGAGAACUUCAGAUGUGCCACUUAAAGGUCUG